AACAUAAUUACCAGUGGAUUAAUAAAGAUGAUCAACGGUAAACUUUUAGUUAUUCUUGGUGUUCAAAUUGUCCUCACUCAUGGACAACCAUUUUUUGCUCCAAUGGCCGGUCAAUUUGGUUUACAAUUGGAACCUUACGGAGCAGCAACAGGGUAUGCGGGUGGUGGAGGAGUUGGUAUUCCGUUACUCAGUCCAUUGGAGCUGAACGCGAUCAUGGAGGCUCAAGCAAAAGCAGGUAACCUAAAGAGUCCUUUCACUCCUAACACCCAGCCUCAGGGUUUUGCUGGUUACAGUAAUAAUAAUGAAUAUAUGCCAAACUUUGAAGAGGGCUUUGAAGGCAACGAAGGUAAUAGUGAAUUUUACGAGUCACCUCGUCACGGCGAUGGUUUUCCUGAUCCGGAUUCUGUUGAUAAAGAACCAGAGACAAAAGGUCGAGACAGUAGAAGCCAUUAUUCUAAAGAUGAUUCCGAAGAAGAGCUACAAAAGCCAAGCCAUGGACCCUCUGGAUAUCAGUCAAAACACGGAUUCUCAGAGGAAUCUAAUGCACAAGGUGGAUUUUCCCCUCAGAGAGGAAAUUCUCGAGACGAGGAAACAGGACCUGCUGAACCAGCUUCUGGUGGAGCUUAUCGAGAGCACAGAGGUGAAGGUGGAUCAGCUGAAGGACCAGAAGAAUCUGAAGGCGUUGAAGGAGGCCCUGAGCCAUACUCAGGUGGUGCAGAAGGAGAGCGAUACAGAGAUGAUGAGCCACCGGAAAAUUACCGAGAUCACACAGCUGCUUUCCAAGAAGAUAGAGAUUUUGGCGGGCCCGGCGAAUCAGCUUAUGAACCCAAAGAGACACCUAACACUAGAUUAUCAGGUAAAAAAGGAAACUCAGCCAGUCCUAAUGUAGCCAAUCGAAGACCAGUUAUGGAUAACGCAGGCGGUUAUUCACCUAAUCUAUACCAAGAUGACUCUCGAAUAAGGGUACAACCAAGUGCUUACAGACCACAUCCAAACGCAGGUUAUUUUCCAGGUCGCAUAGCUGCUGCAACAAGUUUUAUCCCACAAGGUUAUCCAAUGCCACAGGUCAGGUCAUUUCACCCAAAUUACGCAGGAUAUAAAGUCUUUAAUGGUUAA